UUGAGUCGCUGAACAAAAACUAAGACACCUGCGGGGGAUAGAACGGGAACCCAACAGAGAAACCAAGCGUGUGAAGUUGUGAUCAAGGAGCUUGGUGGAACGAACUGAAUAUAAUAAUGUAACUUAACGGAAAUUCAAUUUUUUUAACUGUGAUCUUUCAAGAACUUUGGAGACCUUUUGAGAAUGGAGAACUUCACCGUAUCCAAUGAGACUUUGGAAACCUGGACUGACCACAGCGUCGAAUACAAGGUGAUCAGCGCCCUGAUAGUGUUCCUAAUAUGCGCGCUUGGCAUAGUUGGAAACGUGAUGGUCAUCCUGGUGGUCCUCACAACCAAGCACAUGCGGACCCCCACCAAUGGUUAUCUCGUGAGUUUGGCGGUCGCAGACCUGAUGGUUCUGAUCGCAGCGGGGCUACCGAGCAUAGCGGACAGUUUAUUCGGUACGUGGAUUUUUGGGCACCCGGGAUGCCUGUGCAUUACAUAUUUUCAAUAUCUCGGAAUUAACGCAUCGUCGUGUUCCAUAACGGCGUUCACCAUAGAGCGAUACAUAGCCAUAUGUCACCCGAUCAAAGCGCAGUUUUUAUGUACCCUCUCCAGGGCAAAGAAAAUUAUUAUAGGAGUUUGGGUGUUCACGUCGCUUUACUGCGUAAUGUGGUUUUACCUGUCCGACAUCCAACAGGUGGUCUACAAGGAUGUGACUAUAGUAACGUGCGCCUACAAAGUGUCCAGAAAUCUUUACCUACCGAUAUAUUUUUUCGAUUUUGGCAUCUUCUUUGUUCUGCCACUCACUCUUGCCACUGUUUUGUAUGGUCUCAUUGCGAGAAUUUUGUUUCUUAACCCGCUACCGUCCGACCUCAAAGAGGACAAAAAUGGGCACCACAACUUCACCAGAGCGAAAAAGAACAACAUAAAGAACUCCAGUCGAUGCUCAAGUACAACUGCUGCGUCCAGAAGACAGGUCACAAAGAUGUUGGCAGUGGUGGUGAUUCUGUUUGCUGUGUUAUGGAUGCCAUACCGCACACUGGUGGUGGUCAACUCUUUCCUGCAGGAGGGUUAUCUAGACAUCUGGUUUCUGCUUUUCUGUCGCACCUGUGUCUACCUCAACAGCGCCAUUAACCCUCUCAUCUACAACGCCAUGUCGCAGAAGUUCCGCGCCGCGUUCCGUAGGCUCUGCCGCUGCGGGCGCAACGCGCAAGCGCAGAAGGCGGCCUACAGCGUCGCGUUAACCUACAGCGUUGCCAAGGAAACCUCGACGGUGGGAAGCACGGGGCAUUUUUCAACCGAGAUAGACGAUCUGAUGCCGUCAGAGGAGUUGUUUUCCGAUAAGAAGCUGAAUGCGCAGAACUGCGAGUUUACAAAAGACACGUUCAGUCAGCAGCGAUUAUAGAUAAUAGAGAUAAUAGCACACUCACAGUGUUAGAUAUACAUUUUCGAGCCCUUUAUCUAGUGAGGGACAUAUAACAGGUUUGUUGUCAUGACAUUUCACUAUAUAGGCUAGUGUAGAAACUUGGCCUUCACAAGCCUAAAGCCAUAUCCUGUACGCACGCACGCACGCACGCACACACACACACAAACACACAAACACACAGUGUCAUUCAAUAGGGACUUCGUCAUAGUGUUAAAAAUCAUGCUCACUACAGAGUCGUCCUAUAUGUUGGAGCUUGCCAAGUUGUUCCAUAGAAACUGAUGAGAUGCAGUGAAGCUGGCAUGUCAUCAAAUUUAUCGUUGCUUUUUUAUUCUUAAUUAAAAGCACCGUGUAUUGUUUACAUAAUUCAGGGAAAAGUGAAGUACAUAUUAAUCUCGAUCUAUCUUUAAGAGUCGCAAUUGUGAUUAAUGAUAGGUGAUUUUUCUUCUACACACCCCUUGGGAAAACUGCUGAGCCUACUUUAUUCUACAGUAGCAGGAAUAUGUAAUGAGGGUCCCAUAGUUUACUGUUUCAAGGCCUGCUGUAAAUUAUAAUUCAUAUUUAUAAAAUGUAGAUUGCUUUCAAUCGAAGCAUAAUGAAACAGAGAGGAUCAGGGUAAUGUAGACAAUGUCUCGAUGGACACGUCGUCUCAACUUGAACAGGGAACUUGAAGGCACAAUUUAUCUGUCUGGCAGAUAAAAGCUAUCAGGGAGCGGCUUUUAUGUAAAUUGAUUGUAAAUAAGCAAUGGAUGAACAAACAAAUUGUGAGCUGACAAAGAAGCAUGGCUUUAACUAUUAUUUAUGUAAGAUCUUUGAAGCUGACUCUUUAAAUCUACAAUUAAUGCACCACUGUCACCAAACACGACUGCAAACUAUCGACGUAUACAGUGUAGCUAGGAGUUUUACAUGUCAUUGCUGUAUAUUGCUCAGGAAUAUUGUUUUCUUUCAAAAAUUAGGGUUAUCUUUGUCCACACGAUCCCGACAAUAUCUUUCCCUUUAUUGUUUCUAUUAUAGUUAGAUGUUUCUCUUAAAUUCAGAACAAUUUUAAAAACGUCAUUAUCAUCCAACACCAAACACACAGUAAUACUAAAAAUACAUUCAUAGUGAUGAGAUUUAAUAAUGUAAGAUUAUUUCCUGCACUUCUUAAAGAUGUGAAAAACUUUUCAGUGAAUCUGUGAAAAAGUUAAGAAACAAAGUCACAUCUUGCUUGUUUUCUAUAUCUCUACAGUUGAAGUCACAGUGUAUAUUAUUAUUAUCCGUUCUUCUUAAAUGUAACAUUUUGGUGUCUUUAGUAUGAGAAAAAAGUACUCUGUUGUGUUUUAAUGGCUAGACAGUCAUCAAGUGUCAAUGAGUUUAGCGAUGUUUUGUGAAUUGCCUGUCUUUUGUUUAACAGAUCAAAAAAUUGUGUACACAAUGUAAAGGUUUCAGAAGCAGGUGUGCUUGCAAUAACAUAAGCUAACAAGGUAAAGUUAGGGGUCCACCACAAUCUGAUAAGUGACAGAACUUUGAUACAGCUAUUUUCCACUAAGUCAAAGAUAUG